AUGAUGCGAAAAACGAUGUUGUCAGGGAAUUACAAACGUUUCUCUUUGAACGACGCUCUUCAUUUCGAUAUGCUUCAAUUUAUGGAUGAUACCGUUAUGUUAUGCAACUGGCAACAACAACUUUUAUGGCGUGUGAGAUUGGGUAUUGCUCCGUCCAAAUUCCUUAGAGUGGUUAUGGGAACUAGUUCUAAGAGGCUUACUUAUUGGAUUCCAUUAUUGGACAAGCUUCGAAAGAAGCUUUCAGUGUGGAAUGGGAAACACAUUUCAUUAGGCGGUAGAAUUGUUCUGCUCAAUUUGGUGUUGGCAAACCUUCCUAUUUAUCCUUUCUCAUUCUUCAAAGCUCCUAAGAGUAUCAUCACGCAAAUAAUAAGAAUUCAAAGAGAGUGUCUUUGGGGUGAAGGUGAAGACCGUCGAAAAUUGUGUUGGAUUAGCUGGGCGAAUUUGUGUAGGAGCAAAUCAAUUGGAGGUCUCGACAUUAAACAAUGUGGUCUGUUUAAUCGAGUGUUAUUGAGAAAAUGA